AUGGCCAUUCUGCCCCGUUCUAUCCCCUUUCAGAAGUACUAUAUGUUGCUGAUCCUGACGGAUGGGGUAGUGACUGACAUCAGUGAGACCCGCGAUGCGAUUGUGGAAGCUUCCUGCCUGCCCAUGUCCAUCAUCAUCGUCGGUGUGGGUAACGCCGACUUCAGUGACAUGAGGGCAUUGGACGGGGAGGAUGGGAUCUUACUGUCCAGCUACGGCCAGGAAGCAGCCCGGGACAUCGUCAAGUUCGUGCCCUUCCGAGAGUUCAAGAAGGCCCCGACCUCGGCCUUGGCCAAAUACGUCCUCGCUGAGGUCCCCAAGCAGGUGGUGGAGUUCUACGCCAGUCAGGGGCUCCCCCCUGAGCCUCACAAGCAGAGCGUCAUUCCCCCGAGGAGAGGAGAAAAUGGAGGAGACGGACAAAAUGGAGGAGACGGAGGAGAACAGACCAGGGCCGAAGGAGCUACCUCCUGAGCAGGCCUCACUGAUGUCCACCUCACAAACCAGUGACACCAGCCCCACUCGAAUCCGCACUCCCUUCCACUCCAUUCCCUGGAGACUGGGGCACCUGCUCUGACCUCCCCACAGUUACCAUGAGACUGGAAUUACUCCACCCCACUCAGCCCAGGUCGAUGGUGGGUGGGGGGUGGGAGGGAGGAAGUGGAUGUUUCGACCUAAAUCUCAGGCCUACAUC